CAGGGCAUAAGAGAUGGCAGACGCAGCCGUUGCAGCUCCCGCCGACAAGAAGGCACCUCCCAAGUUCAAGCAGAGGGCCGCUCGUACUUUCAAGAGCAAGGCCCCUAAACCAGGCCAGAAGGGAUUCGGAGACGACAUCCCCGGCAUGGAGGGUCUUGGCACAGACAUCACAGUGGUUUGCCCAUGGGAAGCCUUCGGCGAUAUGGAGCUCAGCGACCUGGCGAAAUAUGGAAUUGUCUAGGAUCCCUACCUUGUCUUCAUCACAACUAUCUUACCUCCCAGCGCUGGUUUUCCUUCGCCCACUCCUCCUCCUCUCGCCCUGUUCUCCCUCACCUACCAAACCACCCCUGACCUGAUGUCUGUUGUUGUCUUAGGCCCUUGUGGGUUUUGGGAAACAUUGCACAAAAAAUUUGGUACCCAAAGGCAAUCCAAAGUGUGUCAAA